AUGAUGAAUGAUAGUGAUAGUGAUGUCGUGGUAAAGUAUCCUAAGAGGCAGAUUGGGCAGUUCGAAACUAUUUUGGAUUCAUUAAUUCUGGAAAUAGCAUUUUUGAAAGCUGCUUUCCAAGUGAAUGCUUGUCUAUCCCCUUCCGUCUACAACACCAUCGAUUCAGGCCCCUCACCUGCGGCAAUGAUCCAUGGCGGUUAUUGCCGUGGGAAAGAUUUGGUAAAAUAUUUAAUGGAAAAAUGCAAUUGCCCCAGGGGACUUGAUCAAAAGCUACAAUACACUACCACAAAUUGUACAAUGUCUAUGUUGGAAAAUAGCGAUCCUUUUGAUCACAUAGCAUCGUUCCUACGACUAUCGGUAUAUUACACUUGGGUUGAUGAAUAUGUAUCGUAUAAUUAUACUAGGAAAGUUUAUUAUUCCUCUUUGCCCUUUCCCUUUUCAUACACUUUCUACUAUUUGGAAAGAAAUAGUCUGGUACAGGAGUGUAAAAGCAAAGGUUUAUUGCACGAAAUUUAUGUAACCAAGGAGCUCGAAGUGAUAUACAAGACAAUAAAACCACUACUUGUAAAUGGGACUUUUGGGAAUGGAAAAUUUACUGAUUUGGAUGUGGUUGUAUUUUCAUCAAUGGCCGUACUAUUCUCCCUUCCCAUUAAAAGCAAUCUGUUCACAAAUUUUGUGAACAAUAACAGAUACUUGGUGAAUUAUGUGAUGAAUGUGAAUAUGAAGUUGAGAAUUUGGCCAUGCAAAAAUACAUUCCUAGCAUACAUUGACCCACAUACCCCCCUUUAA